GGUUUGUUCUGUUCGUCUGUCUAGUCGGUGUCCUGUACGUUGUCGAUUCAAUUGUUUUACCCAUGGGUCAACAACUAACUACUCCUUUAAGUCUGACUUUAGGACAUUGGAAAGAGGUCACGAAACGGGCACAUAACCAGUCAAUGGAAGUGCGCAAGAAAAAGUGGCUGGCUUUCUGCACCUCUGAGUGGCCCUCCCUUGAGGUCAGAUGGCCUCAGGACGGCACUUUUAACCUUACUAUUAUUUUACAGGUCAAAGAGAAGGUUUUCCAACCCGGGACCGCAUGGACAUCCGGACCAAGUGCCUAUAUUGUCACCUGGGAGAGUCUCUCCCGAGAUCCCCCAACAUGGGUUAAGCCUUUCCUUUCCUCUUUAGGGGCACAGACCCCGAAACCUGGCCCCGGGUCUUCUUCAACCCCACUCGUGCCCUUACCUUCGGCGCUGCUCACUUCUUCUUCCCUUCUUCCCCUGAAUGAACCACCUAAGCCUAUGCCAAAAACUCCACCAGUUCUCCCAGACACUCAGGAAAAUCUUCUACUUCUAGACCCUCCUCCUCCGUACCCUCCUCGGGUCCCACCACAGUUGGUUCAGGAACCCCAGGACCCUGAGCCACCCUCCCCCAACUCCACCAAAAUGGGAGGGUUAGAGCCCUCCUCCUCCCUACCCUCUACUUGCCUGUGGUUGCGGAGGGAACGUGCCGGUGGCCCGGAGGGUGUCUGGUCCUCUCAAGCAUUUCCUUUAAGGUUGAUGGCCGGCCAGAUUCAGUAUUGGCCAUUCUCCACCUCCGACCUAUACAACUGGAAGACCCACAAUCCCUCCUUUUUCCAAGACCCCCAAGCUUUGACCAGAUUAAUUGAAUCCAUUCUACUCACUCACCAACCCACCUGGGAUGAUUGUCAGCAACUUUUACAGGCCCUCCUCACCACGGAGGAAAAACAGCGAGUCAUAUUAGAGGCUCGUAAAAAUGUGCUGGGAGCAGAUGCCAGGCUGGCCCAACUGCCUAACAAGAUCGAGGACGUCUUCCCUCUGACUCGCCCGGAGUGGGACUACAACACGGUGGCCGGUAGGGAGCGACUGCGUCUCUAUCGCCAGACUCUGUUAGCGCGUCUCAAAGGGGCAGGGAAGCGCCCCACCAAUUUGGCCAAGGUACGUGCGAUUAUCCAGGGUCAGAAAGAGACACCGGCAGGGUUCUUAGAACAUUUAAUGGAAGGUUAUCACAUGUAUACCUCUUUUGACCCUUUGGCCGCCUAACGCCAGUUGGAUGUAAUUAUGUCGUUAUUCAGACAAUCGGCUCCCGAUAUCCGAAACAAAUUACAACAACUGGAUGGGCUGCAAGAGUAUACAUUACAGGACCUACUAAAGGAGGCAGAUAAAAUUUUCAAUAAAAGGGAAACACAGGAGGAAAAGGAAGAAAGAUUAUGCAAAGAGCAAGAGCGGAGGGAGGACAUCUGGGACAAAAAGCGGAAUUGAGAAUUAACCAAAAUUUUGGCCACAGUAGUGCAAGGUGCAGGGCAAGGUAGGCCAGGACAGAAUAAGACCCUGGGAGACAAGAGAAGGCCCCGAGUAGAAUGAGACCAAUGUGCCUACUGCAAAGAAAAGGGACACUGGGUUAAGGACUGCCCUAAGGUGUCUCAGGAAACUAAGAAAAAGACAGUUCCAGUCCUGCCCUUGGGGGAAGACAUAGGAAAGUCAGGGCCAGGAACCCCCCCUCAGCCCAGGGUAACUCUUGACGUAGGGGGGCACCCGGUGACCUUCCUGGUAGAUACGGGAGCACAACAUUCGGUGCUGACCGAGGCCAGGGGGCCUCUGAGUUCUAAAACUUCUUGGGUCCAGGGAGCUACUGGGGGAAAAUUGUACAGAUGGACAACUGAAUGAAAGGUCCAUUUGAACACCGGACAGGUGACUCACUUGUUCCUACUGGUGCCAGAUUGCCCAUACCCCCUAUUGGGCUGGGAUUUGCUUUCAAAAGUGGGGGCCCAAAUUCACUUUCAUGAUAAGGGGAUUUCAGCCACCAGCCCGGAAGGGCAGCCCCUUCAAAUACUGACAAUACGCCUAGAGGAUGAACAUCGAUUGCUCAAAAAAACCCCAGCUAAUACAACCUCUCUAGACCCCAAGUGGUUAAUGGACUUUCCCCAAGCUUGGGCAGAAACGGCCGGAGUAGGAUUGGCUGUCAACCAACUGCCCCUAAUAAUUGACUUAAAAUCCUCGGCCACCCCAGUGUCAAUCCGGCAGUAUCCUAUGAGCAAAGAGGCCAAGGAGGGCAUCAGGCCCCAUAUAGAGAGACUGUUGCAGUUGGGCAUCUUAAAACCGUGCCACUCGCCUUGGAAUACCCCCCUCCUCCCAAUAAAAAAGCCAGGCAUGGGGGACUACAGGCCAGUGCAGGACCUAUGGGAAGUUAACCGAAGGACGGGAGACCUGCACCCUACUGUGCCCAAUCCUUACAACCUGCUAAGUACCCUACCACCAAGUCAUCAAUGGUAUAUGGUACUAGACCUUAAAGAUGCGUUCUUUUGUUUAAGACUGAGUCCUCAAAGUCAACCCCUGUUCCCCUUCGAGUGGAAAGACCCGGAGGCCGGACUUUCUGGACAACUCACUUGGACGAGAUUGCCACAAGGGUUUAAAAAUUCGCCUACCCUGUUUGAUGAGGCCCUGCACCAGGAUCUAGCAGCCUUCCGAGUCAACAACAUCAGCAUAGUCCUCCUUCAAUGUGUGGACGACCUGCUUUUGGUGGCAGAAACCAAACAGGACUGUCUAAAAGGUACGGGGUCCCUGCUAAAAAAAUUGGGGGAAUUGGGAUACAGAGCCUCCGCGAAAAAGGCGCAAGUGUGCAAAAGACAGGUGACCUAUCUGGGAUACCUGCUAGAAGGUGGUCAGUGGUGGCUAACAGAGGGCCAGAAACAGACAGUUGCCCUAAUUCCACUACCCAAGAGCGCCCGACAAAUGCAAGAAUUUCUUGGCAGCGCAGGCUUCUGCCGACUAUGGAUACCAGGAUUUGCGGAAUUAGCAGCACCUCUGUACCCCCUCACUAAACCCAAUGCCCCCUUUAUAUGGGAAAAAGAACAUCAAAUGGCGUUUGAUCAAAUCAAAAGGGCUCUAUUGUCAGCCCUUGCCCUAAGCCUCCCCGAUGUGACUAAGCCCUUCACAUUGUACACUGAUGAACGAAGGGGAAUAGCAAAGGGCGUCCUGGUUCAUAAACUGGGACCUUGAAAAAAGCUGGUGGCUUACUUCUCAAAAAAAUUGGAUAAUGUGGCCGCUGGUUGGCCCCCAUGUCUGUGCAUAGUGGCCGCAGUGGCAGUCCUUGUCAAAGACGCAGAUAAAUUGACUCUAGGACAAUCCCUCACCGUGGUGGCCCCCCAUGCCAUUGACACCAUCAUCCGGCAGCUGCCAGAUAGGUGGCUCUCCAAUACCCGAAUGACUCACUACCAAGCCAUGUUGCUCAACCCGGAGCAGAUUCAGUUCGGACCUGCCACCCCCCUGAACCCGGCUAUCCUGCUCCCGGACAUGGAGCCCGGCGCCUGGGUACCUCAUGACUAUCAUCAAAUCCUGGUUGAGGCCCAUGGCACCCAGGAGGAUCUGACAGAUCGGCCGUUACCAGACGCGGAACACACCUGGUACACCGACCAGAGCAGUUUUCUACAAAACGGUGAGCGGAGGGUGGGGGCGGCCAUGGUGGAUGGACACUCCAUAAUAUGGGCAAGCGCCUUGCCUGCGGGAACCUCGGCUCAGAAAGCCAAGCUUGUGACCAUCACACAGGCCCUUAAACAAGCUAGCGGGAAAAAAGUUAACAUCUAUACUGAUAGCCUCUAUGCGUUCGCUACCGCCCAUAUACAUGGAGAAAUUUACCGAAGAAGGGGCCUCUUAACCUCAGCAGGAAAAGAUAUAAAAAACAAGACUGGAAUUUGAGACCUCUUACAGGCGCUUUUCCUACCUAAAAAGUUGAGCAUAAUUCACUGUCCUGGACACCAGCGGGGAAGUGACCCUAUAACAAGAGGAAAUAAAAUGGCGGAUGAGGUUGCUAGAACGGCUGCGGUAGGCCCGCAGACUCUACACCUGAGUACUGCAGUGGCCCAGCAUACGCCAGACUGCGGGGUCCUCCCCUUCCCCUAUUUAGAUCAAGAUUUGGAUGAAAUCCAGUGGCUUGGGGCAGAUUACGAUGAACAAAAGGGAGUUUGGACACUCCAGGACAAAGUUGUCCUGCCCCACAAAAUGGCCCAUGAACUAAUAACUCGACUCCAUAGUUGGACUCAUUUGGGACAUAAAAAACUAAAAAUGCUGCUGUGACAAAAAGAUCAACCUUACUUUAUCCCAAGGCUUAACUCUCUAGUUCAACAGGCCACCGAGUCCUGCAUUCCCUGAGCGAAGGUCAAUGCAGGGCGCCUCAAGCUGCCGGAAGGAACAAGGUUCCAGGGGGAUCGACCCAGAGUCAAUUGGGAGGUAGACUUCACCGAGGUUAAGCCAGGAAAAUAUGGUAACAAGUAUCUCCUAGUUUUUGUAGACACCUUCUCUGGGUGGGUGGAAGCCUUUCCCACCAAACGAGAAACCGCUCAAGUGGUUGUCAAAAAAAUCAUCGAGGACAUCUUCCCGCAAUUUGGUCUCCCUCAGGUAACUGCGUCUGAUAACGGGCCUGCCUUCGUCUCCCAGGUAAGUCAGCUGGUGGCCAAAACGCUGGGGAUAAACUGGAAAUUACAUUGUGCUUAUAGGCCCCAAAGUUCAGGACAGGUAGAACGGACAAAUAGAACAAUUAAAGAGACCUUAACUAAAUUAGCUAUGGAGACUGGCACUAGAGACUGGGUCCAACUCCUCCCUGUGGUCUUGUUCCGGGUCCGGAACACCCCCUCCCACCAUGGGUUAACCCCAUAUGAAAUAUUGUAUGGGGGACCCCCUCCUGCCGCAAACCUGCUUGACCCUAUACUUGACCCCUUUAUUAACGCGCCUAAUUUGCAGGCACGACUAAAGGCGCUCCAGAUCAUACAGAACCAGAUCUGGAGACCUCUAGCUGCGGCCUACCGGACCGGGAAUGCAUCAGUCCCUCACCCCUUCCAAAUCAGCGACUCUGUCUGCGUCCGAAGACACCAGUCUAAGACUCUCGAACCCCGCUGGAAUGGCCUCUACUCUGUACUGUUGACCACUCCGACAGCUCUUAAGGUAGACGGAAUCACCACCUGGGUUCACGCGUCCCACAUCAAGCGAGCACCAUUGGGAGCUGAAAGAGCCUCGGGUAAGCCAGCACAAUGGAAAUUGCAACGCACUCAAAAUCCGCUCAAGCUAAGACUUUUAAAAACUGUGUAAUGUUCUUAACUUUGCUUGCCUCAGCUGUAAUGACUGAAAAUCUCCAUGCCCCCCAAAACCUUACUUGGCAGAUAGUGUCAGCCUCGGGUAGCAUUGUAUGGUCCUGUAGCCACCUCGCACCUGCUUGGACGUGGUGGCCAUCCCUUACCCCGGAUUUGUGUGCAGUGGUGGAUAAUCUGGAAACCUGGGAACCCCCAGAGUUCAGAAUAAACAUGGGUGGUGGGGGGCCUACUGGCGCACGACUCGGCACGGGAAGCAACCUCCAAUACCUGGCAGGGUGCUCCACGACCGAUGCGCGAACCUCCCUCCAAAGUCUUGAUUUUUUUGUGUGCCCCCAGAGGGAUAAGGGGGAUCCUUACAAACGUAGCUGUGGCGAGCCAGAACAUUUCUACUGUAAAGCUUGGGGUUGCAAAACCACAGGGAACACUUACUGGAACCCCUCCUCUAGCUGGGAUCUCAUUAGGGUCACGCGGGCUCUGCCGAGGGGGGGCCAACCCACAGUGGCUAACCCCCUAAACAUAACCUUUACCAGCCAUGGGUGGAACAAUCGGGAUUGGAUAAAAGGUAAACAAUGGGGCCUCCGGCUGUAUCAGCACGGCCAUGAUAAGGGUCUCAUUUUUACAAUCCAGCUGAGUAGAAGAAGCCCAAACCCCGUGUCAGUAGGUCCCAACCGUGUUUUAACAAAACAAGGACCCCCGCUAGGGAAACACGGUAGGGGAGUAGCCGCCGGGUGUCCAGCCGCUCCGCCGGCCUCCUCCCCGCAGGCAGCCGCCCCAACCCAACCAACCCCGAGCACCCAUGGGUCUGGGGCACCCUCUACCCCGACUCAAUCUCUCUUGAAUAUCAGCAGGUCUGGAGUGCCCCCUCUAGCAACCAAACUUCCUUCACCAACUGAGCAAAGACUGCUUAACCUCAUUAAAGGGGCUUAUUUUGCUAUUAAUCUCACCAAUCCCAACCUAACCUCCUCCUGCUGGCUUUGCCUGACCUCCAGCCCACCUUAUUAUGAAGGCAUAGCUGUUGCUAGACCCUAUAAUGCUACCAAAAGUACUCAAUGCUCAUGGGAGAAGUCACGACCCAGGCUCACUCUAACCCAGGUUUCCAGUAAAGGAACAUGCCUAGGAAAUCCUCCCCCAUCCCAUGCCCAACUGUGUAAUGUUACCAUCCCCAGUGCAAAUCUAACAACCUAUGCCCAUGUUAGUCCAGGCUAUGGAAACUGGUGGGCUUGUAACAAGGGACUUACCCCAUGUGUGUCUCCCUCGGUCCUUAGUACCACCCGGGAUUUUUGCAUUAUGGUACAGCUAGUGCCUAAAAUAAUUUACCACCCAACCAACACCCUAGAAGAUUCCUAUGAUAGACACCCCACCCGCUUUCGUAGAGAGCCAGUUUCUCUGACCCUAGCAGUCCUAUUAGGGCUCGGAGUUGCGGCUGAGGUUGGAACUGGAACAGCAGCCUUAAUCCAGGGUCCUCAAUAUUACAAUGACUUAAAAAAUGCCAUUGUUGAGGACAUAUAGGCCCUGGAACAAUCUAUAACUAGGCUGAAAGAAUCCCUCACUUCCCUGUCCAAGGUAGUCUUACAAAAUAGGAGAGGGCUUGACAUACUCUUUCUCGAGAAAGGGGGCCUUUGUGCGGCCCUUGGUGAAGAGUGCUGUUUUUAUGUCGACCACUAGGGAGUCAUAGAAGACUCCAUGGCAAAACUAAGGGUUAGGUUGGACAAAAGACAUAAAGAUCAAGAGGCCCAACAAGGAUGGUUUGAGGGUUGGAUCAACAAGUCCCCGUGGUUAACCACUCUCAUUUCCACAGUCACAGGCCCCCUUAUUAUCCUCCUCCUAAUUUUAACUUUUGUCCAGUGCAUCCUCAAUUGGUUGCUGCAGUUCAUCCGGGACCGGUUGUCCAUCACGCAGGCCUUUGUGCUCACCCAACAAUACCAGGGUCUCAGGGACGGCGCUGACCUUUAGAUUUUAGGAUUAAAAUCUCUCCAAAAAGAAAAGGGGGGAAUGAAGAACCUUAAAAAUCAAACCAAGAUGGAGUGACUUAAGCUAACACUAUUAAAAACAAGAAGUCAUCUUUGCCCCAAAUAAAAUUAAAGUUUUAAAAUUAUAGCCCUAAACUUUUCCCCCCAAAGCUAAAAUUAGGUGCAGCUAUAAAAAUAAGGGACCCUAUGCUUAACUAGCUGCGACACUUGUGCCUGGCUGUGCUAAGACCUAACACAGUUUGUAUGCCUCCUAAUACUCAAAUAACGGUGUGGGAAGCGGGAUGCUGCUCUCCCUCCAGGGGAAUGAAGGGAGCGAGGUCGUCCCCCUCAGGGUGAACAAGAUGACGCUGAUAGGGAAAGGAACUGCUAAAGAAGUAAACAACAAAAUGGUGACAAGGUGCAUGCCUCCCAUGUGAUCCCAUAGCUGAUUGGAUAGAAGACGCAUGCCCUUCACAUGAUCAGCUCACGGAUUGGACUGCUGUGUGCAUGCCUCCCAUGUGAUCCCGUAGCUGAUUGGAUAGAAGACGCAUGCCUUUCACAUGAUCAGCUCACGGAUUGGACUGCUGUGUGCAUGGACACUAUAGAGCUUUUGAUUGGUCGCUGCGGGUAUAUAAACUGUGUGGCUUUGUGCUGGGGGCCCUCUCUGGACUCCCAAGUUCAGGAGGCCCAUCUGCGCAGAUGCCGAA